AUGGCCUGUCUGAGAAUUGUGAACAUCCCAACCAAUCUACCCUUCGUCACCACUUCUCUAACGAUCACCAAUACCGGCAUCACCAAGGUCCGCGCCGCAGACCUGCAGCCCCUGAAGAGGCUUAGGCACCUCUCGCUGCCAAAUAAUAAGAUAUCAGCUAUUGAGUCAGGUGCAUUUGAUGAUCUCCAUCGCCUUGAGUACUUCGACAUCUCCGCGAACCUCGUGUUCGAGAAAAACCGCAUCAGCUUCUUGGAAAAGGGUGCCUUUCAGGGCCUGUCUAGUUUGGAAACAGUGAACCUUGCCAACAACCAAGCCAGCUAUCUGCCCGGUAACAUUUUUGCGGGCUUCAAAAACUUGAGUAAAGUGUCCCUUGACAACAACCCCUGGGCAUGUGAUUGCUUAAUGAAGGAUUUUGCCCAGUGGCUAAACACGUCAAGUCCUACACUAGCGAUUGAAGUCAAGUGCCGCUCUCCUUCGAAGCACUUUGGAAAGAAGUUGCGUGACCUGAGCGUUGAUGAACUCACUUGUGACGACUGUAAACCGCAAACGUCUGCGCCAAAGAUCGACCAAUCCGGCGGGCAAGUACAAGGCAGUGUGGGCAAAGACGCAAUCCUGACGUGUAACGUGACGGCCUGUCCUCAGGCAGAAAUCUUCUGGACUAUUCCUCAGUCUCCCGGAGUUGAGCUGUCCAAGUAUUCCUAUCAGUACAGUAGGUUUCAUGUGGACAAUAAGAAUGGGACAUUGACUGUAAGGAGUACACUAGCAAGUGAUGCUGGCGAUUAUCAUUGUAAGGCUUUUAAUGGUCUAGGCACUGACUCUAAGGUUGUGAAGUUAACCGUUAUGGAGAGCUAG